AUGGCGGUGGCGGUGGAGUUACCACGUGUUAUUACAUCAGCCUUUAACAAGUUCCGGUUUUACUACUUCCUGUUUGUCCUCCUUCGCCAGCUUGAUUCCGACAUGGCUUCGACCGAGUUGCUUUCUCUCUUCACCAGCAUCGGACUUAGCGAACAGAAAGCUAAGGAAACUUGUAAAAAUGCUGCUCUGUCCAAUACUCUCCGUCAAUGCAUAGAAAACGUACAGAAAUUAUCGGGAAAUUCUUCAAUCGACAAAGAUGUUGGCAAGCUGCUCUACAAUUUGUCGACCAAAUUGAAAUCCCAAAUUUACAACAAGAUCCCUUUGUUAGUGGAAUAUAUCGGUAAAAACAAAAUCACUUCGGACCUGCAGCUUGAUUCUGCUUUGUCCUAUCUUCUUUCUAACCCUACAGAUCCUGUAGACAUCAAAACGUUCGAAGAAUCGUGUGGAGUUGGUGUGUCCGUCACUUCAGACCAAGUGGAAACAGCUGUAGAGAAAGUCAUUGCAAACUAUCGAGAUGAAUUAUUAGAGAAGCGUUACCAUUUCAAUACUGGCAUUCUAAUGUCUGAAGUCCGUAAGGCGCUGAAAUGGGCUGAUGGCAAAACCAUCAAAAACGAAGUCGAUAUGCAGAUUUUAGAUCUACUGGGGCCCAAGACUGAUGUUGAUAAGGCUAAGCCAUCGAAAGCUAAACAAUCAAAACAGACUGAAAAUAUUAGAACAAAAUCUACAACAUCAGUGAAUCAGGAAAAUAAAAAGACCGUGAAUGCUUUAGAGAAUUUUGUGAGAGCAGAUGGAGAGGUGAAAAGUUUCAUGGAUCUGGUUGGAAGUUCGGUAAAGUUCCAUAAAGUUGGUGAGAAUUUUAAAACAGAUGGUUAUGUUAUCAUGCCAAGAACUAUGGAACUUUUAAAACAACAUUUGAAAGAAACCAAUAGCACAGUAUACACACGAUUCCCUCCAGAACCUAAUGGCAUUCUUCAUAUUGGUCAUGCCAAAGCAAUCAAUUUCAACUUUGGUUAUGCUCGCGCAAUGGGUGGUAAAUGCUAUUUGCGUUAUGAUGACACAAACCCCGAGAAAGAAGAGGAAAAAUUCUUCCGCGGCAUUCGAGAAAUGGUUGAAUGGUUAGGCUACAAACCAUGGAAAAUUACUUAUGCAUCUGACAAUUUUGGGAAACUGUAUGAUUUAGCUGUUGAUCUUAUUAAACGAGGCCACGCCUACGUUUGUCACAUGAAGGCCGAAGAUCUAAAGGGACACAACGUUGUUGACUCUCCUUGGAGAGAAAGGCCGAUUGAAGAAUCUCUGAUUCUGUUUGAAGAUAUGAGGAAAGGCAAAAUAAAUGAGGGCGAUGCCACACUUCGAAUGAAAACAACUCUUGAAGAAGGCAAGAAAGAUCCAGUAGCUUAUCGGAUCAAAUUCACUCCACACCAUCGAAGCGGCAAUGAUUGGUGUAUCUACCCGACUUAUGAUUACACCCAUUGUCUUUGCGAUUCUAUUGAGAACAUAUCUCAUUCUCUAUGUACCAAGGAAUUCCAGGCAAGACGGUCUUCCUAUUAUUGGUUGUGUAAUGUACUGGAACUGUACUGUCCAGUACAGUGGGAGUAUGCCCGGCUUAAUUUACAUUAUGCUGUUGUAUCGAAGAGGAAAAUAGCGAAAUUGAUUGAGAAAGGUUAUGUGAAAGAUUGGGACGAUCCCCGUCUGUUCACACUGACGGCUCUCCGACGGCGUGGCUUUCCACCUGAGGCCAUUAACUUAUUCUGUGCCAAGGUUGGCGUAACCAUGGCACAGACGGUCAUUGAUCCAGCUCUAUUGGAAUCCUGUGUACGGGAUGUCCUCAAUGUGAAAGCCCCUCGUGCAAUGGCCGUCCUCAAUCCUCUUCCAGUGAAGAUCAUCAACUUUCCAGCUGGUCACAGUGGCAAAGUAUCUGUUCCAAAUUAUCCUGCUGAUCCAAACAAAGGAGAACAUUCCGUUCCAUUCUGUGAGCAGAUCUUUAUCGAACGAGAUGAUUUCAAAGAGGUCACUGACAAAAACUAUAAGAGACUUGCUCCCACCCAACCAGUCGGUUUACGUCAUGCUGGUUUUACAAUAGAAGUCGCUGAAGUUGUUAAAGAUAGUUCAGGUUUUAUCACCGAGUUACAUGUCAAGUGCCACAAAACUACAGAAGACAAACCGAAAGCAUUCAUUCAUUGGGUAUCGAAGCCUGUUUCUUGUGAAGUUCGACUCUAUGACAAACUGUUCUUCCAUCGUAAUCCAGAAGACACAUCAGAAGUUCCAGACGGUUACCUGAGCGACGUCAACAGGGACUCAUUAAAGGUCAUAUCGAAUGCAUUCGUAGACACGUCUGUCUUGAAGGCUGAAACUUACAAACAAUUCCAGUUUGAAAGAACUGGUUAUUUCAGUGUGGAUCGAGAUUCCAAACCUGACCAUUUAGUUUUUAAUCAAACUGUUACACUGAAAGAAGAUCCCAACAAAAACUAAAAACAAACAACGUAAACAAGUGUUUAUUUAUUGUUUUCUUAUUCUGAUCAGAGAAAAUGGUCAAAUUCACUUGCUGACAGGUGCAAACUAAUUAAUGUCAGGUGUGCACAACUUCCUCAGGUAAACACUUAUUACCAUCAGGUGAACACUGUUGAAAGAACUGUUAUUAUUGGCUGAUAGAUCAAAUCCAUUGAAAACAAAGCAAGCAAAAGUGAUCUUCAACAUAUUGACAAUGGCUGAUAAUCAAUAAAACAUAUUGUAAGCUCUAUUCUUCUACACAUUAAAUAAUAAUAAUAAUAAUAACAAUAACAAAAGAAUGAUAACUGCUUGUAUGACCAGUGAUUAUCAGAAUAUGAUUGGACCAGCAAUAUAACCAGUCACACAAUAAUCAGUGACUGAACCACUGAUAUAACCUUAUACAAUGAUCAAUCAAUCAAUAAAUAAUUAACAGUAUUA